CCAAAUCAAACGUAUUUGGAUGAUGUUUCUGUGUAGAUUGCGCUCGUGCCGACUCUUCCACAAUACGUGGAAAGCGUGAGUUUCUCUGCUUCAAUCCAACAUGUCAAAUUUUUCUUGAAUUUCUGACGAAUAUUUACUGGAAAAGGAAAAAUCUACGUAUAGGCAAUCUUGAUUUAUUGAAGAGCUCUCCGGGCACAAUAUAGAUUCAGAAAUUAUAGAUUUUUUUUUGGUAUUUAACGGAGUCAAAGUACUAAACGAACGACACGAUGAGCGCACCGCAGGCGCAAGUGAAAUCAAGAAACGGAGUAGUAAAACAAGUUGCUUCUGGAGAUACCAUUGUUAUUCGUGGUCAGCCUAUGGGAGGCCCUCCUCCAGAAGCUACCAUCACGCUAUGUAACAUAACUGCUCCAAAAUUAGAGCGGUGGAAAGGAAAUGAUAGCACGGACGAGAGCAAAGAUGAACCAUAUGCUUGGGAAGCUAGAGAAUUUUUACGUAAAAAACUUAUUGGUCAAGAUGUAACUUUUGUUACAGAAAAAUCUAUUAAUACAAAUAGAACUUAUGGUACUGUGUGGCUGGGAAAAGAUAAAAGUGGAGAAAACAUAAUUGAAACAUUAGUAUCCGAGGGUUUGGUAACUGUUAAAAAGGAUACUCGAAAUCCCAGUCCUGAACAGACGCGAUUAAUUGAAUUAGAAAAUGCAGCUAAAGCAGCUAAGAAAGGAAAAUGGUCAGAAUCGCCAUUGUCUGAACACGUACGCGAUGUAAAAUGGACUGUGGAUGAUCCUCGAAAAUUAGUUGAGAAAUUUGGCAAGAAACCAGUAAAAGCCAUUAUUGAAUAUGUUUUUGAUGGAUCUACAGUGAAGGCACUUUUAUUGCCCGAUUUCUAUAAUGUAGUAUUGAUGAUAUCGGGCGUUCGAUGUCCUGGUUGGCCAAAUGGAAGGCGCGAAUAUUCUGUAGGUGAUCCUUAUGCAGAUGAAGCAAGAUAUUUUGUGGAAUCUCGCCUUCUACACAGAGACGUUGAAAUAGUACUUGAAUCUGUCAAUAAUAAUAACUUCAUUGGUAGCAUUCUUCAUCCAAAGGGUAAUAUUGCGGAAAUUUUAUUGAGUGAAGGUUUUGCUAAAUGCCAAGAUUGGUCAAUUAAUAACAGUAGAGCUGGUGCAGAAAAGUUGUACCUUGCAGAAAAAGCUGCAAAAGAAGCACGUUUGCGUUUGUGGAAAGAUUAUAAACCAUCAGGUCCACAGAUAGAAUUUACUGGAACCGUUGUUGAAAUUGUGAAUGCGGAUGCACUUAUGAUCAGAACUCAGAAUGGCGAAAAUAAGAAAGUCUUCUUAAGCAGUAUCCGACCACCGUCCAGAGAGAAGAAAGCUAACGAUGAAACUAAUAAUGCAAAUAGAAAAGAUUUUAAACCUCUUUAUGACAUCCCGUGGAUGUUAGAGGCUCGUGAAUUUUUACGUGAAAAAUUCAUCAGAAAGAAUGUGAAAGUUGUUGUUGAUUAUACACAACCCGCCAGAGACAAUUUUCCGGAAAAAUUGUGUUGCACUGUUACCUGCGGUAAAACGAAUAUUGCGGAAGCGCUGGUUGCACGAGGUUUAGUAAGAGUGAUUAAAUAUAGACAAAAUGACGAUCAACGUUCAUCUCAUUACAAUUUACUGCAAGUUGCAGAAAGUAAAGCAGAAAAAUCGCAACACGGUUUGCAUGCAAAGAAAGAUGUUCCUGUGCACAGAUUAGUAGAUCUUUCUAAUGAUCCUCCAAAAGCAAAGGCAUUUCUAACGUCCCUUAAACGAGCUCAGGGCAUCAAAGCUGUUGUCGAAUUCGUCACAAGUGGUUCACGUUUGAAACUGUUUUUACCGAAAGAGGAUCAGCUAAUUACAUUUGUUUUGGCUGGUAUAAGAACUCCUCGAUGUCAGAGAUCGCUACCUAGUGGCGGUGUUGUUAAAGCAGAUGAAUAUGGUGAGAAAGCAUUAGCUUUCACCAGGGAACACUGUUUUCAAAGGGAUGUGGAAAUAAAAAUUGAAAGUACGGAAACGAAAGGAAGCGGAUUUAUUGGAUGGCUGACAGUGAAUGAUAUUAAUAUGUCCGUUUCUCUUGUCGAGGAAGGACUUGCAGAAGUAGUUACCUUCCCUGACUUCGGAGAAUUAACGAGAACGCUUAAAGCGGCUGAAGAACGUGCCAAAACGAAGAAGUUAAAUAUGUGGAAAAAUUUCGUAGAAGUACAAGUAGAAAAUGAAAAAAAUGAAAACGAGAAAGAAAUUGUGGAAAGAAAAAUUGACUACCAAGAAGUAGUCAUUUCUGAGGUUACUGACGAUCUUCACUUUUAUGCGCAAAGUGUCGAUCAGCGCAGUAUGUUGGAAACUCUACUGUUGCAAUUACGUCAGGAAUUAGCAUCCAAUCCUCCGCUUCCGGGUGCUUAUAAAGCUACCAGAGGCGAUUUAGCAGUUGCCAAAUUUACCGGCGAUGACCAGUGGUAUCGCGUUAAAAUAGAGAAGGUUUCUGGUACAAAUGUCAGCGUUUUUUAUAUUGAUUAUGGUAACAGAGAAACAGUUAAUGUUACAAGAGUUGCUGACUUACCAUCAAGAUUUGCCACUGAUAAACCUUAUGCCCAUGAGCAUGUUCCCGCUUGCGUUACACUUCCGGGUGAUAAUGAUGAUAAAAAAUUAGCAGUCGAGUCUUUCAAGGAAGAUGUAAUGGAUAAAAUUUUAUUAUUAAAUACGGAAUAUAAAUUGAGCAGUAGUGUUACUGCUGUAACCUUGGUUGAUUCUUCUACUAAUGAUGAUAUCGUGAAGGGACUUAUUUCUGAUGGAUUAUUGCUUGUUCAGAAUCAACGUGAUAGGAGGCUCACGAAAUUGAUCGAGGAAUACAGGAAAGCAGAAGAAGAUGCGAAACAUAGUCGACGUAAUAUAUGGAGAUACGGCGACAUUCGCACAGAUGAUGAAAAGGAAUUUGGAUUAUAAAGAAUUAAAUGCUCAAGGAAUGGUUAAAAAAGUGAUUGAUACAGGGAAAAAGACAUCAUGUUAUGCAUAAUAAUUGCAACUGCAUAAUAAUUGUGUAAGAACCUAUUACAUAGAUUAACGAAAAAUAAUAAAUGUCCAUAUGAGAGUUAUAUAUGUUGCAUUGUUUAUGAUGCAAUUAUACUUCAUUACAUACAAAUAUGAAUUGUAUAUACCACUUUCAUUGAUUCUUGUAAUUUUUGAACGAAACAGUGACAUAAUAUAUUCGAUAAUAUAUUGUCAUUCGUUAUUUGUAUUACAAUGUACAAUUUUGUUAACACUGAAAGGUACCGUACACGACUAUUUAAAAUUUUACAUGAUGUAUACGUGCAAUUUAUUUCUAUUCAUUUACAUUUUUAUUGAAAAAUAUCAAUGUUUUUACAUGUUUACGUCGCAUUCAAUCUCAUGCGAGAGUUAUAUGAACACAUAUAAACUCCAUAAUUGUACAUUUCGUCAAGCAUACUUUGUUAUAAGUAUGCAAAGACUUAUAUUAAGAAAAGAUACUAUAUUUUGGUUAAAAGUAGCAUCAGUAAAUCAUUGCAUAAACAAUCUGAAUGCUAAACGAAAUUAUACAAAAUGUACAUACAAAAUCAUUCACGAUAUAUGUAUUUUUUUCAAUAUUUAACUUGCAUUUAUCCUAUUGGAUGUUAAUAUCGCUUCAAUCUGCGAUAUAUUUUUACUUCAAUCAGAAAUAGUACUUUAUGAAAUAAAUAUCGAUCAAAUUAAAGUUAAUUUCUUUUUUCUUUCUUCUUCCACGCUUUUAAUUAGCGCAAAUAUAUUUGGAUCUUAAUCAAUUCGUAAAAUACUUAUACUGUAUUUUUUUAUUUUCUUUGUUAAUGGCUAACAGAAGGAAUAAUGAAUUAGAAACAAGGAGUUCAAUUUGAGACAAGAUACUGUAAAUUUAAAAAGAAACAGGAAAAGUUAAAAUUAACAAUGUUUCCAUCUGAGAAAAUCGAUAUAAUCGAUACGUAAUAUAUAUAACUUAAGAACGUAAAAAAGUUAAUAUUUACGUGUAACGUGCAGAUGGAAACAUAUGUUACUCAAGAACAAUCUGUUAAAAACUAAUUAAAUAGUAGAUGUUUAUAAUCAAAUUAAAUAAUAUCUGAUAAAUUUCUAUGAACAU